UUUCCAUCUUCAGAAAAUAUCAACAGCGGCCAUUCGUGGCAGAAACUCUUUUUUGUUUGUUUUUUUUUUGUGGUUGCGUCUGACCGCUUUUGGCGAGGGACUUGCGCAAGAUGGGCGACUUCGGAGUUUACGCGGUCAUCGGCGUGGACGGUCCGCCUCACAGACUUCUGUGCGCCGACGGGUCGUGUCGGACCUCUGUGGCGGUUCCGCCGGACGCCCGCCAGGUGGUGCUGUUUACCAGUGGGCCUUGGGGGGAGAGGAUCUGCGUCAACGCCGAGCUCAACGACGCCGACCGGACCCCGGUCACGAUCGGGAAACUCACCCCGUAUAACAAGUGUUUGUCGUGGGAGCAGUGGGAGGAGGAGACGUGGACGGACGGAGUCACGCUGACUGUCACUCUACUGGGAGGAAACCUGGUGAAAGCAGAUGUGUCUGACCCACAGCCCAUCCAGACAGUGAACGAAAACACGCCCAAGUGCAACACAGCUCCCCCUGCUGUCCGGAAGGUCAAUGGCAAGAGGAAGAGGGAGGUAACGCCAAAGGAAGUUGACGAGAAGGUAUCAAAUAGAGAGAAGGAGAACGAGAGUCCCACCAGAACCUCAAAGAAGAUGACCCCGGAGAGAAAGGUCAAGGGUCAGACACACGGAGGCGUGAAGCUGUUCACCAACGGAGGCGAGGCCACGAAGGCAAAGGGAGCAGCCAAAGGAUCAGCAGCGGUAAAGGAAGCUGCAAAACCACCUUUACAAAAUGCAACCAGGACCAACGGCAGACCGGCCAAGACACUCAAGCAGACUGCUCCACUGGUUGGCCCGUCAGGUCGUUGGGGUCAAACACUGUGUCCUAUUGACGCUCAGACUGUGAUUCUGAUCGGAGGACAGGGAGCCAGGAUGCAGUUUUGCAAGGACCCGAUGUGGAAGUUAUGCACAGAGGCCAUGUCCUGGGUCGCUGCCGAGACGCUGGCCGAGGGUCCCACCCCCGAGGCCAGGAUUGGCCACACAGCUGUCUACGAUCCUGAUUCUAGAAGGAUCUUUGUGUUCGGAGGGUCUAAGAACAAGAAGUGGUUCAAUGACGUUCACAUCCUGGACACGCAAAGCUGGAAAUGGACCAUGGUGGAGGCUCAGGGCAAAGUCCCCCCCCUGGCCUACCACAGCUGUAGUAUGUUCCGGGGCGAACUCUUUGUGCUGGGAGGGGUGUUUCCCCGUCCCAACCCCGAACCGGAUGGCUGCAGUGACUGCCUGUACAUCUUUGACCCCCAUCUCUCCAUCUGGUACCAGCCCAUUGUCACGGGUGACAUGCCUUCCCCACGCUCAGGUCACUCGGCAUGUGUCAUGCAGGAGAGGAAGAUCUACAUGUUCGGAGGAUGGGACACUCCUGUCUGCUACAACGACAUGUACAUGUUGGACCUGGGGCUGAUGGAGUUUUCUGCUGUGAGGACCAAUGGAAAAGCCCCCUCUCCUAGAAGCUGGCACGGCAGCGCCGUCCUCUCAGAUACCAAAUUCUUAAUCUACGGAGGCUACAACGGAAACAAUGCCCUUAUGGACACCUUCAUCUUCGACACAGACACCAACAGCUGGACGGAGGUGACGCACCCUCAGCUUUCGGUGCCCAGAGCUGGCCAUACCGUCAUCAGCAUGGAGACCGCCGCUUGCCUCCAUCACCGGGACGAGGAGGACGGCGCAGAACGCACCACCACCAGAACCCUGCUCGUGUUCGGAGGCGGAGACAACGAAGGCAACUUUUACUCUGACCUGACGACCGUCCCCGUGGACGAACUGCUGAGCGGGGUUUAAAGAUGGCUCCCCGCAGCGGGAAUCCUCGCUUUUUUUAAUUUAUUUCUUUUUUUCUGUGUCCUUUUGUGUGUUGCUCAUUGUAUAUGUUUUUGCAAAGUUUUACAUUAUAUUCUGUUAAAUUCUUAAGAGUGUUAUUAGGAGUGCAUGGUGCCACUGUGCAGUCAAUUUAAAUAGGUGUCCUAUUUAAGUUGACUG